ACAUCCCCAAGCUAUUUUCCGCAUCACGUGUUCUACGGGGGCGGGGUGAAAAGCAGCUGGGAGCUUGGUGCUGCCUGCUGCCUGCUGCCUGCUGUCACUGUUGCGUGCUUACUGUGCUGAGGUCUUUGGCAUCUGGACUAUUUCACUUACACAGCAGGGCAUCCUCUGGAUUGUUUGUUCUGCUUAACAGCCUCACCAAUCGGCAAUAUGAAGCAAAUAGUGGACAAAGCAAGGAAAGCCUUUCUCUCAGGGAAGACACGUUCUAUAGACUUCAGAAUUCAGCAACUGCAAGCCAUGAAAAGAAUGCUCACUGAAAAUCAAGCUGGCUUUGUUGAAGCACUGAAAGCAGACUUGCACAAGAAUGAAUGCACUGUUUACAGCUAUGAGAUUAUGGGAAUGCUUGGUGAAAUUGACUUGGCCCUUGACAAUCUCCCAAAGUGGACAGAGCCAAAGCACGUUAAAAAGAACAUAAUGACUAUGCGUGAUGAAGUGUAUAUUAAUUAUGAACCUCUUGGCGUUGUCCUGGUAAUUGGAGCUUGGAACUAUCCUGUGGUGGUUCUUUUGCAACCUGUAGUGGGGGCCAUAGCAGCAGGCAAUGCUGCAGUAAUAAAGCCUUCAGAAGUCAGUGAGAACACUGCCAAGCUUUUGGAGAAACUCAUCCCUCGCUAUAUGGAUAAGGAGCUGUACCCUGUAGUAAAUGGAGGGAUUGCCGAAACUACUGAGCUGCUUGCACAGAGAUUUGACCACAUCUGCUAUACAGGCAAUACUGGUGUUGGCAAAAUAAUAAUGUCAGCUGCUGCCAAGUUCCUUACCCCAGUCACCCUUGAACUAGGAGGGAAGAGUCCAUGUUAUAUAGAUAACAACUGUGAUAUUGACAUAGCUAGUAGACGUAUUACAUGGGGAAAGUUUGUAAACUGCGGCCAGACUUGCAUAGCUCCUGAUUAUAUUCUGUGUGACAAGUCCAUCCAGGAUAAAUUAGUGGAAAAGAUUAAGGAAACACUUAAGGAAUUUUACGGUGAAGAUGUCAAGAAAUCUCCAGAUUAUGAAAGGAUUAUAAACAAGCGCCAUUUUAAGCGCAUUCUUGAAUUGAUGGAAGGACAGAAUAUAGUUCAUGGAGGGAGUUAUGAUGAAGGAACUUGUUAUAUAGAACCAACCGUCAUGGUGGAUGUGAAUCCAGAAUCCAAGGUUAUGCAAGAAGAGAUUUUUGGGCCCCUGCUUCCCAUUGUAUCAGUGAGAAAUUUAGAUGAAGCCAUUCAGUUCAUAAAUGAUAGAGAAAAACCUCUUGCCCUCUAUGUUUUCUCUAAAAAUAAACAGGUGAUCAAAAGAAUGAUUUCUGAGACUUCCAGUGGUGGUGUCACUGCCAAUGAUGUCAUAAUGCAUUUCACAGUUCAAGAAUUACCAUUUGGAGGAGUUGGUCACAGUGGAAUGGGAGCCUAUCAUGGAAAGCACACCUUUGAUACUUUCUCACACAAGCGGGCAUGCCUUAUUAAGUCUCUUGCUAUGGAAGGUGUAAACAAGAUCAGGUAUCCCCCGUACAGUAUGAAAAAGGUGGAAUGGGCCAAAUUUCUUUUAACAACUAAGCUGAGCAAGAAGAAGCUUGGUUUGGUGCUUGUACCCAUGUUUGCCAUACUGGCAGCUGUUAUUCUGAAGAGGUAUCGAUGGCAGCUGGCAGGCAGAGGGAUGCAACUUAUGCUGGCAUAUCAGAGGAUGUGUUAUAAGCAAAACUGAGUAACUGGGUACAGAGAGCAGCAAGGAUCACAUUUGUACAGUGAGCUAUUCUAAAACUGGGAACUGGAAAAGCAAUGCAGGACACUUCAGCUGCUGAUAACAGACAUUAAGCCACUGUAUAAUUAGCUGAAUGGUUCAUAAAAUGAAUGUUGCUUUUUCUGACCAUAAAUAAGUUAGAAAUGAUCAUUUCUCCCAUAUUUUAUACUAAAGUGCAACUGCAAAUUACACUAACAUAAAAACUAUACAUCUUCUUUUUAUGAUCAUUCAUUUUUACACUUCUGGCAGCAUCAAAUAGAAAUGAUUUUUCUAUUUAGAAAUGUUCACUGUUUAACAUAUAGAUAUACCUGGUAGUUAUUUUAUAUGUCAGAUAUUAGUCCAUUACUUUGGCAGACAUUUUUCUCUUUGCACUUUUUUGAAGUAUAAACAGAGUAAUCUAAGUAAGUUUUUACCAGCUUGUGUAUAAAGUUAAACUAUGCAACAAUAUGAUGUUCAUGUAUAUGUAAAUUGUUGACACACUAACUUCCACAGAAGGUACCACUGAUUGUUUAAUGUAAACUGCAUUAAAAUCUCUCUGAUUUGUAAA